AUGUUUAGGCUGAGGCAAUGCUGUCAAUGCCUCCUCCCCUUCCGCCGGAAGAGAGCGAUAAUGGCCGAUUGGAUUCUUCUCUCCAUCUUUGUCAUCUUGUUCACCUUGCUCUGUUUCAUCAUUAUCAGCACUUUGACGAUGGAAGAAUUUGAACCAGGAAAGUUGGCCAGCUCCGUUGACUCUACUGUCCCUAAUUACGGGGAUAAAUCAAUUUCAUCAGUGGACCAACGCAAUUACAAAACAAGCCAACCUACGAAAAAGAUCCUGUUUUGGAACAAGUAUUUCGGGACAGAAGACUACGAGCUGAAUCUUGGACGAAAUUCGUUUCUUGAGGCCGGUUGUCGAGUAAGAAAUUGCUUCUUGACGGCCGACCGGACUCUGUUGAAUGACAGCGAUGCAGUCAUCUUCCACGCCAAUGAUUUCAACGAAAGAGAUUUGCCCGACCCGAGAUAUCGUCGCUCCAAUCAACGUUUCAUCUUUUACAACUACGAGACUGUACUCACCGCUAGCGACAUGCCGGUUUUCAGUCAAACUAAACAUUUCUUUAAUUGGACCAUGACUUAUCGACGAGAUUCAGACAUUUACGAUGUCCGGCCGUACGGUUCGCUUAGAAGGCGGACGGAUGCUCGUCUCCCACCGUCCAACAUGCCCAUCAGACUCACAACGGAAACACUACCACCUGAUCCAGCCUCGCUGAUAACGACAUCCUUCAACCGUUCAAGGAAUCACCCAAUUUUAGCCAAAAAGACGAAAAUGGUCGCUUGGUUUGUGUCUCGCUGUCACUCCGAUAGCCUCAGAGAAGAAUAUUUCGAACUGGUUGGUCAACAUGUGCCCAUUGACAUUUACGGUGGAUGUGGCCCGCUCAAAUGUAUGCCUUCCAGGAGCGAAAAGUGCGACAAGUUGCUGGACAGCUACAAGUUCUACGUGGCUGCCGAGAAUGCCAUUUGCGCCGAUUACGUUUCAGAGAAAUUCUACCGAGCCCUGGCGUCCGACAUCGUCCCCAUCGUCUACGGAGGAGCCGAUUAUUCCGCCUACGCUCCACCCAUGUCUUACAUCGAUGUCGCAGAUUUUGUUUCACCCAAAGCCUUGGCUGAUUAUUUAAAGCUUCUACAUGAAAACGACGGCCUCUACUUGAAAUACUUUGACUGGAAAAAGGAUUACAAAGUGGUGAGUCGACCGGCUGACGGUUGGUGUGAACUUUGCGAGAAACUCAAUGAUCCCAAUCAACUUCCCAAAGUUUACAAAGACCUAACCGACUGGUGGUUUCACAAAGACAUACCCUGUCUCUCCGGAUAUGAUUUUCUUGAAACAUUGCGUCCUGUUUCCUGA